AUGGAAAUUAAUGGUUCGAGUGUCAUCAUAAAAAACAAUGUUAAAGAAAUGGGUCAAGAACUGGCUAGCCAUCUAGAGAAGAUAGCAAACUUAGCUAUUGAAAGAGAUGGAUGUUUUAAAAUAGGAUUGACUGGAGGUUCUUUAGUACAGUUGCUAACUCAUGCUCUUGCCACAAUUAAAACUGAUUGGUUUAAAUGGUUUGUCUUCUUUUGUGAUGAGAGAAUACUUAGUCAAAUUGAUAUGGAGCCACUGCAUAAAGUUUAUGAAAAUCUGUUUAGUCAAUUAAAUAUCCCAAUACCGAAUGAAAAUAUAGUAAAGGUGGAUACCGAUGUUUCCCCAUUGGAAUCAUCAAAAGAUUAUAUAUCUAAACUAGCUUUGCAUUUUCCUCCUGUGCAAUUUCCCAGAUUUCAUUGCAUAUUAUUAGGAAUAGGCCCAGAUGGACAUAUUUGUUCAUUAUUUCCAAAUGAUGACAAAGUUUUAAGUGAAUCUUCAGUGUGGGUUGCUCCAGUUAUGAAUGCGCCCAAACCACCACCUUGUCGAGUGACAUUAACAUUCCCAGUAUUGAACAAUGCUGAGUUUUGUAUAAUUUCAGCUUUUGGAAGUGAAAAAAGUGAAAUAAUAAAGCAAAUAUUCGGUGGACAAGAUUUACCAGCAGCAAAAGUUAAACUUGCUAAGGGUACUUUGUUAUGGAUUUUGGAUAAAAAUGCUGCCCCGGAAUUAUUACAAACGAAUAAAUCAGUAUCUUAG